CUUCUGCUCACCUCAAUUCCCGACAAAAUUCCGUCAAGCGAACUCGAACGAUAUAAAAAAGUAGGGCGGGGAAGUGAGGGUUGAGAUGGCGUACUACCUGUUUCCGUUCGGUUUGUUCUCGUGGGCCGGAAGCCGAUGAAGUGAACUUGAGAGAAAGCAGCGACGGGAGAAGGGAGGCUGCCAUGGUGGGGAGUUCAGAAGAUAACCUGAGCAGUCAGAGAGGGUCACACUGCAUGCGCUGCUCUGCUUUCGUGCUCUGUCAUCAUGGGCCAACCGGAGGCCCGUUGAGAGUGCGGCCCAAUUGUCGGUGGACCAGCUCACUGGUGCACGCGGCUGCACUCGACGUGUGGCCGGCCGGCUCCGUCUGCCAAUUUUUUUCGUGGACAAGGAAAUCUUGCAAGAUUUCACCCCGGUGGUUUUGUGAGGGAGAGAGCGAGGGAGGCGAGAGAGAGGAGAGAGUGGGAGAGAGGGCGUCGAGUUGAGAUCGGCGAUGGAGACGGCUAUCUGCAGCAGAAUUGCUCUCUCGCCCAACCAUGUUGUGAACCCUAAGCCAGGGGAUAAGCUGUCUCAACACAGAGGACCUUGUGCAAAUCGUGGCAUUCUUAUGGCAGUAUCAGUAAGUGGACCUGGAAAAGGAGGUGGUUUGCUGGAAAGGCCAACCAUAGAAAAGACAACACCUGGCCGUGAAUCUGAGUUUGAUUUGAAGAAAUCGCGGAAGAUGGCCCCCCCUUAUCGAGUGAUCUUGCACAAUGACAACUACAACAAGCGCGAAUAUGUAGUCCAGGUGCUGAUGAAGGUUAUCCCAGGAAUGACCCUUGAUAAUGCUGUCAAUAUCAUGCAAGAGGCACACCACAAUGGCCUGGCAGUGGUAAUUAUAUGUUCUCAAGUAGAUGCCGAGGAACACUGUAUGCAGCUCAGGGGCAAUGGUCUUCACAGUUCAAUCGAGCCUGCAAGUGGUGGCUGCUGAAGCCAGUCCGACAUAUUAUCUCUCAACUAUUCUUGAAUCCUUCUAUUAUGGUUGGUUGUAGUACUCACACGGGGAGUACGAAACAAUGAUCAAGAUGUAGAAGGAGAUGAUUCAGGCUGUAUAUAAAGAUUUAAUCACAAGGUCUUUAUACUAUCACCAGUUGAACAUAUCAAUAAUAUAAUUGGUGUCUCGUACCUAUCAAAAUA